CUCAAGUCCCAUAAAUCUCCCUCACCAACCAAACACUUUUCUCAGUUUCAUUGUCAUUACUACAAGCUGAGCUUGUCGCUAUCCAAUCCAAGCUAUAUCCAUGGCGACCACCAAACCACACAUUCUCGUUUACCCAUUUCCAACCUCAGGCCACAUAAUCCCCCUCCUCGACCUCACUCACCGCUUACUCACCCGCGGCCUAUCCGUCACUGUAUUGAUCACCCCCAACAACCUCUCUUUACUCGACCCACUCCUCUCCUGUCACCAAUCUCUUCAACCUCUAAUCUUCCCUUCUCCAGAAACUCCCACAACAAACGGAAGGUUCAACCUUAACACCACCCAGCUGCAUGACCUUCACUAUCCUCUUCUCCUUCAAUGGUUCCGAUCACAACAAUCCCUUCCUGCUGUCAUGGUUUUCGAUUUCUUUCUCGGGUGGACUCACCAAUUAGCUUCCGAGGUUGGCGUACCAAGCGUCCUGUUCUCGCCUUCCGGCGCCUUCGGCUUGUCCAUGUUCUUCACUUUAUGGCGGGAGCAACCCAAAAUAGAAGAACCUGAUAACGAAAAGUCGUUAGUAACAUUUCCGAAUUUACCAAAUUGUCCAGUUUUCCCUUGGUAUCAACUCCCUCCUCUAUAUACAAGGACCAAAGAAGGAGAAGCAAUUUGGGAAUUUCGCAAGAACGUUUGGUUGGGUAAUAUGGCGAGUUGGGGAAUCGUUUUAAACACCUCCACUGGGUUGGAACGAGUUUACAUUGAAAACAUCAAGAAACAAGUCGGUCACGAUCGUGUUUGGGCAGUGGGACCCGUUCUGCCCCAAGAUGGUGAUAUGGCCAGCCGUGGUGGAUCCAGCUCCGUGCCAUGUCACGAUUUGAUGACGUGGCUUGACGCACGUGAGGAUGGUUCCGUUGUCUAUGUGUGCUUCGGGAGUCGAGGCGUGCUGACAAGUAAGCAAAUGGAUACGCUGGCUUCCGCGUUGGAGAAAAGCGGAGUCCAUUUUAUCUGGUGCGUGAAGAAACCAGACGAGAGACACGUGUCACACGAUUAUGGUACCAUCCCCAACGGGUUCGAAGAUCGUACGGCUGGGAGGGGUUACAUCAUCAAGGGAUGGGCUCCACAGGUAGAGAUAUUAGGACACCGAUCAGUGGGCGCGUUUUUAACUCAUUGCGGGUGGAACUCCACGUUGGAAGGAACUGCGGCGGGUGUGGUGAUGCUGACGUGGCCGAUGGGGGCGGAGCAGUUCAUGAAUGCGCGGGUAUUGGUCGAACAAUUAGGAGUGGGGAUCCGAGUCGGUGAGGGAACUCAGAAUGUACCCGAGCCACCUGAGUUGGCUCGGGUAUUGUCUGAGUCGGUGAAUGGAGCUAGAGCAGAGAGGAUUAAGGCAAAAGAGGUGAGAGAGGCGGUAUUGAAGGCGGUGGCGAAAGGAGGAAGUUCGGAUAAAGAAAUGGAUGAAUUUGUUAAACAGUUGAAUGAGCUUGAACGAACGGCUAUGGCAAAAACACGAUAAAAGAGCAUUUAAAUGGGAAAACUGGCUCUUUAUAAUGGGCUAAGAUUCAGAUUA